GAGCAAUCUUCCGCAUCGACCAAUCUCUUCCGCGGCGAUCAUUUCUUCUUCUUCUUCUUCUUUCGUUCUUCAUCUUAAUGCGAAGCCAUCGUGCGGUGACCGACUUCAAAUUUCGACUGGGCAGCGCCGGUGAUUCCAUUAAUGGCUUUCACGUAGCUGUUAACAGUACUUAUGGUGGCAUUGGAACCAUUGGUGUUUAUUUACAGACCACAACUUUUGUUGCCCGCCCUGAUCUCAAGCCGCUUCGUCUCUAGGUUUGAUUCCGACCGUUCCUAUUCUAUUGAUUUUAGACAAUGUCAUCAUCAACAAUCGACAUCUGAAAUUAUUGCAGAAUUUAUAAAGUACCGAUAUGUAGAUGCAUCUAGAAAAUCCUAUGCUUGUAAUAAUAUAGUGGUUGACAUGAAUAGAGAUUAUGGUGUGACGCUAAACAAGCUAAAGAAGACUCCUACUCAUAGAGAUAAUUUAUUUAUUUUUUGUCUCACAUCGGCAUGUGGGAAUUAUUCAUGUAGCAAAAAUAGUUUCUCCACAUGCACGCUGAACUUGGGUACUGUAUUCAACACAUUUUAGGCAAUUUUAGAUCUACUACUAGUUUGCCAUGAAAGUUCAACUAGACAGUCAGGUCUACCACAAGAUCCUCCUAUUCGUAGUUAUCUGUUGAAGUUCAUCUGGAGAGUUUAGUUACCGACAAUGUUGUUCACGGUGUAAGAAAGGUGGACACAAUAAGAAGUAUUGAAGGAAUCAUAUCCCGAUUCGUAGUUCUUAGUUUGAUGAAAUUCUAUGGAUUCAUUUUUUUAUUUCCUAGAAUAACAUUUAAGACUUUCACUUUUUCUUUCACUAUUCUUAACUGCCAUGGUUUGUUGGCAUUGAAAUGUAUGUUAAU